AUGGGUGCGGACCUCGCCUACACAAACCCUUCCCGCCCCUCGUCCGACGACGAAGACGACGACGACGAUACCCACGGGCCCGAGGCCCCACUGCACCCUGUAACUUCGCAAACGGACGGGGGCGACGGCAACAACGUGGCGACCUUCUAUCGACUUCGCCGGCUCCCUCCCCAGGGCGGCCAAAAUGCUGGCGCAGUGUUGCUGCCCGGGGAGGCCCCCGCGACGGUCAUGUCGGUUUACAUGAUGAUGCAUCGGAUUCGACGUUUGGUCAUUGCAGCGAUUGACGAUGUCUACACGUUCGACGAGCUCCGAGCACCCCACAUGGACCAUCAGAUCAUACGGCCCCUUGUCGAUCGGCUGUACGACCCGCAAGAUCCCGCAAUCGUAUACUGUCUUGUCGCAAACCGAGUCCAGUUCCUACGACCCCGAUCUGACGAGGCCCUGCAGCAAGGUGUCCACGAGUCGCGUGCCAUACUCUGCGAGCUGGUCGCAACCCGGAUCCUGCGUCGAUACCACGAAGACCACCCCGGACGAUCCGGCCUUCUCCUGCUCGCCAACAUCCUCGUAUCCGGCUUCGACCCUUGCGACACGGCGCCCGAACAUGUCCGCGCUCGUCGGCCCCAGUGGGUGGUCCAAGACCGAGUUGGGCGCGAGCGGAAGUUGACGGCGUUUGAACUGGCCAUCAUAUCGGAGAGUAAAUGGUUCAUCAAGUCGCCGGCCUGCCAGCUGGUUGUCGACGCCGUGCACAAGGGAAUUGUGGUGUACACCCCGCUGUCCUUUGUCGAUUUUCUCCCGGAUCACUACAAGUACCAUCCCGUCUCCCUAUACGAACCCCGUCGGGCGGCGAUCCUCAACCACCACCGUCUCAUCGUCCCGCAAAUCCGGAACGUGAUCGAGUUAAUGCACUUUGCGUUGCUCCUUGCGCUUUACAUGCUGACGGUGGCGCACUACGGGUUCGGUACCGACUGGGAUGGCGUCCGUCUCUGGGAAACGUUCUUUAACGUCUUUGCGGCAGGUUGGGUUCUGGAGCAAUUUGCUGCUGUCGUCGAGCAUGGGUGGGAGGUCCAUGCCCAAAACCUCUGGUCGUUCCUCGACCUGACGUUUGUUGCCAUCUAUUUUUCCUACGGAUUAGUCCGCGUCGUGGAGUUGAUCGUCUCGGACGACACCUACUAUGCCUUGCCUGUCUUGUGUACUGCGGCACCCGUGCUCCUGACGCGUAUUGCCUUCACGUUGAUGCCGGAUAAUAUCGUCUUCAUCGCUCUACACGCCAUGAUGCGCGACUUUACACGGCUCACGUUCAUUGCGGUGUGGUGCUUUGCUGGGUUCGUCAUGGGUCUGUUGUUUCUCGCGAGGACGAGCGGCGAGGAUUCGCUCAAUGCGGGCGUGACCUGGGCCACCAUCACGAAAUGGCUAUUGUGGAUCUGGUUUGGUUUAGACGGGACCGGUAUCGAACGCGCCGGUGACUUCCAUGUGAUUCUAGGCCCGACGCUGAUGAUCACCUUUGCGUUCCUCGGCAACACCCUGUUUCUCACGAUCCUUGUCGCCAUGUUGACCAACACAUUUUCCAAGAUCAUCUCCAACGAAGCAGCAGAGGUCCAAUUUCGCCGUGCGGUCCUCACCUUCCAGGGCGUCAAGAGCGAUGCCAUCUUCUCCUAUCCGCCGCCCUUCAAUAUCGCUGCGAUGCUCAUCCUGCUGCCGAUCAAGUUCCUGGUCGGCCCGAUCGGCUUUCACCACAUCAACGUCGCCGCCAUCCGUGCCAUCAACGCCCCGAUCCUUUUGCUGAUCGGCCUUUGGGAGCGGCGGAGCGUGUGGGCGAAGCGAUCGAAAUCGUCACGGCUCCGAUGGCGCUUUUUCCCGGGGAUGUCGCCCCACGCGGACAUCCAAGCCGUGUUUCGAUCGGAGCCGCCGCCCGAUGUUAUCGACGCGCUGGAGAAGAUGGAUGCUCUGCAUGAGUUAGUCUCGCCCGAUCGUCCUUCGGUGUUGCAGUCGCCCAAAGGACUGCGCGGUUCGGCGUCCUCAGUGCGGAGAAGGAGGAUGUCUACGAGCAGCAGUAUCAGACGGUUCGAAGCCUAG